AUGGCUACCUCCACCCGGAAGCCCGUUGCCCUGGUAACGGGAGGCGGGAGCGGCAUCGGCCGUGCCACGGCGGUCAGGUUUGCUGAGCUCGGGUACAGCUGUGUGGUGGCUGACAUCGACGAGCAGAGCGCCAAGGAGACACUGGGCAUGCUCCAAACUCCGGGCAUCGCCGUGCAGAUGGACGUUACCAUGGCGACAAGCGUGGAAGCCAUGGUAACUGCGGCGGUUCAGCGCUUCGGGCGGAUCGACUGCGCCUUUAACGGCGCCGGGAUCUUGGGAGCUUCGGCACGGAUCGUGGAGUCUUCCGAGGACGCGUUCGACCGCGUCAUGGACGUGAACGUGAAGGGCGUGUGGCUGUGUCUGAAGUACGAGAUCGCCCAGAUGCUGCAGCAGGAGCCCGUGGUGAGCGAUCCGGCUAGAUGGGCCGACAAGCCGAACGUGUGCCGCUUGAGGGGUGCCUUACUGCUUGUCAGGCUACUGCACAACUUGCCACAAGCUCUCAUCGUCUACAGGCCUAGCCAAUAG